AUGUUUGAAGACUUUUCAUUUUCUUCUUCGAGAAGGACAGAUCGGGGCACGCUAAUACCAGAAGCUAAUGAUGACAUGGUAAUGGCCUCUAACAAUACUCCAAUCUCGCCCUUCUCAUCUCGUUCUCCUUCACCUGUUCCAUUAUGCCGAAAUUUGAGAGACCAUUCUCUAUUUCCUAGACAAUCACGCAAGCCCUUCGAACUUGGCCCUGCUCCUACUUCGAUUCCAUAUAAUUACAGUGACAGACGGCGUCUUUCGAUCGGGGCUUUGACAAAACAGCUGAAUGCUCAAAGCUUGGAAAAGGAGGCUGGCAGCGAUAGCGAUGAGGGGCCAACUCUCCCAGUUACGCCUCCUCGCAGCGCUUGCACCGAUGCACCCCCGAUUUGGUUGGAAAAAGAGUAUUUGGGCUCACAAUACCGGGAACAGGAUGAUGAUUCUUCUUGGGCCGAGCCGUCACUUCCUUCGACGCCCAUGUAUAAUGAGUUGCGUCACACUUCACGCUCUAGAGAAAACAACAUAUCAUAUUUGUCGCCCUACGCAUCCAUCACUGCUCAUGACGAGGAACAAUUUUCUUAUCUUCGCCAGCAUCGAGAAAACCUCUCCCUUUUGCAAUGUACCUCCAAAACUGUUGUAGAUACCGUUCGAAUAGCCCUUUUGCUCGAAGAAAGUAAUCGUUCAUAUUUCAAUGAAACAGAAGACGACCGACAUCCGAGUUCACUCGCCCAUCUCCCUUCACCUCGGAAACUCGCACCUCAUAAAAGUAAUCACAGUCAAUGUUCCUCGCGCCGCUCCUCCACAUCCACAGAACCUACAUUGAAAUCGAAGCUUUCAAUUCACAACACCUACAGGGUUGAGAAAUCCCGCCCCCCUCCCCAUAAUUCUAGCCAUUCCGGUAGUUCCCGCAGAACUAGGAAGUCACCACAGGGGUUGCGACGAAGGAGCCUGGUGCUAGCUGCUGUUACUGCGAUGGUUGAAGCGGAGGCGGCAGAGGCUGUAGAGAAGGUCGAAUGGGAUCGUGAAGCUCGAGAUAUUCGAACCGAACGCCCGAGAACCGGUAAUUCCGACGUCCUGGAUUUCCUCGACGAAAGAUUAAAGGAUCCCACAACCAGAAAUUCGCGUUGA